UCUCUCACCACACCCGUCACUAGCAGGCGACGGUAGAUGAACUCUUCACAGGUAACAAUGAAUGCGCAACUUUUCGCUUGCGUAUUCGGGGUCUUCAUCUGUCAACUUUUGGCAACUGCUGAAGCUACUGAAGGUUGUUCAUAUCAAGGGAAGGUGUACCUGGAAGACGCUUCCUGGCCGGUGGCGUGCGACUCAAUUUGUACCUGUAAUAGGGAAGGAGGCAUUUUCUACAUGAGCUGUAAAGAAAUGUGUCCAGACAUGGCUUUACCUCCGGGAUGCACCCCAGGCUACAAACCGACCAGGAGUAUGACGCUCUCCAGAGACUGUUGUCCUAUUGCCAUAUGUCGCUAG